UCCUCACCCCACAGGCCACACCCGUCCACCCCCCGUAACAUUAACUCCUUUGUUCAGCUUGACACUCCAUUGCAGAGGGAGGGUAUAGCUGGUGACAGAGAGAAAUGGGCGAGGAGGCCAAUUGCAACGUCGCGAUGGAGUCCGCUGCGCCCAAGGAGAACGGCCACACCACCGGUGGCGCCGCGGCGGAGGCCAAGGCCGCCGCCGCCUGGGCUGAGAUCGCCGUCACCGACGCCGCGGCGGUGCCAAAGCCGACGCCGCCGCCUGCGGCCGUGGCCGUCGACCCCCGGCUUCAGGGCAUCUCCGACGCCAUCCGCGUCGUCCCCCACUUCCCCAAGCAAGGCAUCAUGUUCAACGACAUCACGCCGCUGCUGCUGCGCCCGGGGGUGUUCAAGGACGCCGUCGACAUCUUCGUCGAGCGCUACCGCGGCAUGGCCAUCGCCGCCGUCGCCGGGAUUGAGGCUAGGGGGUUCAUAUUUGGCCCGGCGAUCGCGCUGGCAAUUGGCGCCAAAUUCAUACCGUUGCGUAAGCCCAAGAAACUCCCAGGCGAGGUGAUUUCUGAGACGUAUGUUCUCGAGUACGGGACCGAUUGCUUGCAGAUGCAUGUUGGCGCCAUUGAACCUGGUGAGCGUGUGCUGAUCGUUGAUGAUCUGGUUGCAACUGGUGGGACACUUUGUGCUGCUAUAAGGCUUCUUGAACGCGCUGGAGCUGACGUUGUUGAGUGCGCGUGUCUCAUUGGGCUCCCAAAAUUUAAGGAUUUCUACAAGCUCAAUGGCAAACCAGUUUAUGUGCUGGUGGAGUCCCGCGAAUAUGAAAAAUAAAGAGAUUGAUGAUCAGGUCAGCCUCACUGGCAUUUGAAACUUAACAAUAGAAUGCACAUGGCUUCAUUCCUUACAAAUUGCAAGUGAGCGCUGGACGGAUAUCGACAAGUCUGCGGUACAUUAUUAAGGCUAAGCUAGCUGCUAAGUAUUAGAGGGGAGGUGAGAGAGAGCGAGAGAGAGAGAGAUUGGUGAGUGGGGAGUAGUUCUUGUAGGCUGAGUAGUACUAGUUUUUUCAGGGGCACUGAAAAAAGAGCUUGUAGUUUCUGUCGGGAACACCGAUUACUAGCUGAAACAUCAUCAGUUCUGUUCUUCUUCCAUUGUUGAUUAAAAUUUCCGUGGUUUCGAUC